CCCGCCCUGCUGCCCGCAUGCCCCCGCGGGCCACCCCCGCCGCCUCCGCCGGGAGCGCCGGCUCUGCCCAGGAGGAGAUUCUCGGUGUGCUUCGGCAAACGGACGGGAGGCAGCGCUCGUCGACCGAACGAGUGCUUCGUGCUGGAGCCGUCCGAGAUGAUUGUGAUCGACUACCCGGAUGUGCAGGGUAACCGGACCGGCGUCGGCGGACGCGGCUCAGUCAUCUCCUCCAACAUGGACCAGCGGGCAGGCGGCGUCAGUCUCGUCUUCGAGGAUUCGUUGGCCCUGACGGGCAGACCUGAACUUUAUAUGAAGUCCAACCGGUCUUCUCAUUCGUCAGACACAAGUUCAGCAUAUAGUGGCUCGGACACAAUGGCAAGUGUGCAGAGCUCAUUAGAUGCUGAUGAAGUGGAUCUGUCUGGUCUCAUAGAGUCUAUCGUUGACUCAGAUGAAGAAGAGGAUCUUGCAGAAAGUAUUGAUAGCCUCACAGUUCGUGACACUGUUAGAGAGUGCCUCGAAAAAGACCCAACGGAGAGAACAGAUGAAGAUGUUGAGAUAUUACUAGAAUUUACACAGCACCUGAAGGCAUUCACUAAUAUGACUUUGGCAGUUCGACGAGCAUUAUGUAAUGUUAUGGUUUUUGCCGUCGUGGAAAAAGCUGGUACAAUUGUCAUGAAUGAUGGGGAAGAGCUGGACUCGUGGAGUGUUCUCAUCAAUGGCCAUGUCGAAGUCGAACACUCAAAUGGUGAAACAGAGCAGCUUCAAGUUGGUGACAGUUUCGGCAUCUUGCCAACAAUGGAUCGUCUGUAUCACAAAGGAGUAAUGAGAACACGUGUUGACGACUGCCAGUUUGUCUGCGUAACACAAGCAGAUUACUGCAGAAUUCAGCUCCAAGGACAGGAGAAUACAAGAAGGCAUGAAGAAGCAGGGAGGCUAGUCUUGGUAACAGAGCAGAGAGGGGCCCCAGAUGGGUCUCGCCGUGGCCACAUUGCUAUAAGGGGGACACCAGAGAGGUUAAUGUUUCAGUUGAUAGAAGAAAAUUCAAUGAUUGAUCCUACAUAUGUUGAAGAUUUUCUACUUACACAUCGAACUUUCAUAGAUAAUUCAGUAACAGUUGCAAAUCAGCUGCUUGACUGGUUUAAUGAACCGUGCAUCAGGGAUCGUGUUACAAGGGUGGUGCUUUUGUGGGUGAACAAUCAUUUCACUGACUUUGAGACAGACCCAUCCAUGAUGGAGUUCCUGGAAACAUUUGAACAGUGCUUGGAAAGAGAGAAAAUGCAGGGCCAGCUGAGGCUCCUGAACAUUGCUUGUGCUGCAAAAGCAAGGACACGUAAUGUGACUCUGGCAAGACCCUCGAGGGAUGAAGUGUUACAAUUUUCAAUUAUUGGUGGCUUUGAAAUGGGUUUUGGUAUAUUCAUAUCCCAGGUUAUCAAAAAAUCAAAAGCUGAAGAUGUUGGUUUGAAGAGAGGAGACCAGAUUCUUGAAGUGAAUGGACAGAGUUUUGCACAUGUUAGCCAUUCGAAAGCACUAGAGAUUCUGAGGGGCACAACCCACCUGAGCAUUACAGUGAAGUCAAACUUGCUAGAGUUCAAAGAGAUGCUGCAGACGCCUGAAAGCUCGCCACGGCCGCGGACUGGCCACAACAAAGUGUCCCGCCUCGGUCCCGACCCACGGCUCCGGCUGUCGACGGUUGAUCCGACUGCUGCGCUCCUGGCAGGUGCUGCUUCCAUCCCCCCUACUGCGGCCACCCCAGCACCUGUGCAGCUGCCUGUCAACUCCUCUCCCAGCAAGGAUGCCAAGAAGGAUGGAAGCGGCAAGGGUGGCUUCAUGACCCUGGGCCCAAAGAAGCGGCUCCAGAGAGCACUUAUCAAAAUGAACAUUCUGCCAAAGAAUACUAUUGUUGACGGGGUACAUACAGAUGACAGCCCAUACUUACAGUCAGCGUCCUCGCAGCCAGGGCAGACGAGUCUGUAUCACAGUCAUAGUAAUCCAGAUUUAAUGAGCAUCUGCUACGAUGACUUGCGUUCAGACUAUCCAGAGCAUGUGCUCAAAGUUUAUAAGGCUGACCAAACUUGCAAAUAUUUGCUUGUACAUAAGGAAACGAAUGCACAUGAGGUAGUGAUGCUGGCUCUCCAAGAAUUUGGCAUUACUGAACCCAGUUCAAACUUUUCUCUGUGUGAAGUUUCUGUUGCUGAAGGAGGCAUAAUCAAACAGAGGCGGCUUCCUGACCAGUUGCAAAAUUUGGCGGAAAGAAUUGGCCUAAGUAGCAGGUACUACCUCAAAACAAAUGGCACUACAGAGACGCUGGUGCCAGACGAGUUAGCUCCAGAGCUGGUUCGAGAAAGCCAAGUUCAUUUUUUGCAGUUGAAUGCUGUUGAAGUCGCUAUUCAGCUGACACUUCAGGAUUUCAGCAUUUUCAGACAGAUCGAGACCACAGAGUAUAUUGAUGAUCUUUUUGAGCUGAAAAGUAGAUACGGGUGUCCAAUGUUAUCUCAGUUUUCUGAGUUGGUGAACAGAGAGAUGUUUUGGGUUGUCACAGAAGUUUGUUCAGAACAUAAUCUAGUCAGAAGAUCCAAGAUAAUCAAACAAUUCAUCAAAGUAGCAAGACAAUGCAAGGAGUGCAAGAAUUUCAACUCAAUGUUUGCCAUCAUAUCUGGUUUGGGCCAUGUGGCAGUAUCACGAUUAAGGAUAACAUGGGAAAAAUUACCAACGAAAUAUCAACGACUAUUUAGUGAUUUGCAAGACCUGAUGGAUCCUUCACGUAACAUGAGUAAAUACCGGCAGCUCAUCAGCAGCGAGCAAUCUCAGCCACCUAUUAUUCCAUUUUAUCCUGUUGUGAAGAAAGAUCUGACAUUUAUUCAUCUUGGGAAUGAUACCCGUGUAGAAGGCCUCGUGAACUUCGAAAAACUGAGAAUGAUUGCCAAAGAAGUCCGAACACUUGCCAACAUGUGCUCAUCACCUUAUGAUCUACUUACAAUGUUGGAAUUGGGUGGCCAGCCUCCAUCUAGUGCAAUGGUAGCUUUAAAUCAAUUGACAACUGGUGCUGGGACAACCAAUCAACAAGGGGCUGCAACUGUGAAGAGACGCAAAAAAUCUACUGCCCAACCAAAUCCGAAAAGGAUGUUUGAAGAGGCUCAAAUGGUACGCCGUGUAAAAGCGUACCUGAAUAACAUGCGAGUAAUCACGGAUGAAGAGCGUCUGCACGCAUUAUCGAUGGAAUGUGAGCCAUCGGGUAGUGCACCAAACUCUGUCCCCGUUCGCAAGAGGCACCCAUCGCCGACCCUGUCCACAACCAGCAGUACUAGCAGCACCAGUGAAGGAAAGAAGAGUGGAUUGCCUCCAGGCACAAAAUUUGGUGCUGCUUCGCCACAAGCCGUGCGGAAAAUGUUAGCGCUGAGCGAACCGAAGACUCGGCCACACCAGCCCCGCCACCCUGGGGGCCCGGCGGUACCUCCCCCUCUGACAGCACUGUCGCCUUCUCCAUCCCCAGGUGCUCACCGCAGGGCGGGAUCUGCAGCCAGUGGUUCGUGCAGUGUUCCAUCGUCACGGACGUUACACGAGAGGUCGCACUCUGACACACCUGCCCUUCCGCCACCAGUUGAUCUCAGUGCUGAAAGCAGCAGUGUUACGUCCCUAAGCAACAUGCCCCUUCGUAAGACUCUUACAUCGGGUUCAGUGACAUCAAGCGACUCUGGUCACUCCACGCAGAUGGACUCCUUCUCCAACAGUUCUGUGGAGGUAGGAGGAAGCUCUUCCCCUCCCUCCCAGGUCCGGCGACAUUCGGCAAUGCAGCAGGUAGCCUACUCCCCUACUACCACUAGCAAGCUCCGGCCUCGGCCCCCAUUCCCGCACGCUGUCGCCGUUCUACCCCCUAUCCCACCGUACGCAGGGGCUAUGCCUCCCCCACCCCCUCGAAGUGCGCCCCCCCGACAGCCGCCCGCGUACAGCGUUGCUGCGCAGAUGGCACGCCUGCAGAGACUAGGACGGGCGCACUCUCACGAGGGCGUCACCGCUGUACCCACUGUCCCGACACCGCACUCGGUGGGUUACUGCAGCACCAAUGAUCUGGACGAUGAUGAUGAUGACGGUGCACAAGUAUCUGCAGUGUGAAUUAUUUUCCAUAUGGUUUACAUUCUCCUGUCUUCAUCUCACUGAGUGACAUUGUUGAGAGUAUCACAGAUGAGUGCCAGAUAGUGAAGGAAAGGGGAUUGUGAUGAGUUUUGUAAAGAAUAGCUACUGCACUUCUGGAGAAAAUGAUAGUACAUAUUGUCUUUGCGUUCCCCUGCAGUUGUACUUAUUGUCCUGCUUUUUAGUUGCAUACACAAGUAUGUUUACAGCAGUUAAGCAUUCAGCAAAUAGCAGUCAGCGAACAACCCAUACAUUGCCUUCUGACUGUGUGGACAGCUUUUUUUAUUCUGUGGCCAGUAUGGCAGGGAGCUUGCAUGUUAUAAUUUCUUCUGUGUACUUUGUUCUAUUUUGCCCCUGUGUUUGGAAUGAUAUCUGAGAGAUCAGUAAAUCCAAAUGCCAUAAAAAUUUGGCAUUUCUUUCACAGGGUUAUCACUGCUUGUGAUAAUUUCGCGUGCUAAAAUUUACAGUUAUUCAUACUCAGCAUUCAUUAUUGUUUUAAAUGAUGAAUUAUUAUCAAAAUGUGUGUUUGUGAUAUCUGUACUAUGAUAUAAAUACUUGUAAAAAUAAUUUUUACGCUCUUUAAAUAUUAUAAUUAUUUGCUGUACCAAUUGCAGCAUUGCAUCAGAUGUAAAGGAUGAUAUGACUUUGAAAAAUGUUUACAAUUCUGAUCUGUAAAAUAACUGAAUAUAUUUUUGUCUUACAUGUUGCAGUAGAUAAAUGUGACUGAUAAAACUAUGUUAGAAUGAGCAACAGUUAAGUGUAGUAUGAAUAUCAACAAGCAAAUAUUGUGCAUUAAUGUAAUCUCAAAUUUUUCAUUAGCUUUUUAAUACAGUGUAAAUAGCCAAGUGAUAACAAAUCUGAAUACAAAUGAGAUUAUUUGUCUUAUUUACAACUUUUCAUAAACUGAAAGUUAUUUGUUCAUUGUACAAAAUGACUCUUUAUAUGUUGAAACAUAUGAGUAUUGUAGUGAAUAGUUGUAAAAAGUGACUUGUUCCAAAGAAUCUACUCCAGGAAUAUUUUAAAUUCUUUUUUCCUUUUUUUUACGUUCGAAUUUAGGAAUUAAAUGUAUUUACAGGUAACAAUUUUUUAUUAAUGUGUACAAGAACUCAAAAUAAUAAGUGACCAUUUCUUGAGAUCUGUCGAAUAUGCGCUAGCAGCUAAAUUACUUUGAAAUUGAGCUGUCAGGCGUUUGUACAAUUGCUCUCAAAUGCUGUGUAUGCCAUUAUCAAAAGAUCUUUACUGUGUAGUAUUUGCAUUCUGUGUUGUGUAGUUAUGUUCAUAUCAUAUUUAGAUCACCAGAUCAUCAAUGUGCAAUGUAUUUAACAUAUUUACUAUAUUAUCACUUUAUGGCAGAUGGGAAAUCAUCUCAAGACUUACAUGUGUACAUAUAGAUUAAAAGAAAUAUGUGUGUUAUUUGAAAUUUUUGUAUGUCUGCCUACUGUGUGAAAAGAGAGGGAGGUUUUGCCUAGUCGUGUCGUGCUGUAAUAUUUUGAUAACAUAUUUGGUGGUAUAUUUUUCAUUAUAUAUGUAUUAUGAAACUUUGUCUAUUUAGGUAUGUGUAGAAUUUGGAUGUCAUAAUAUGGUAUAAAUAUCUGUAGGUCAGUCCAAAUUUAUAUAUAUUGACUGUUUUAAUUGAGGCAAACAUUUGACAUUUUAAGAGCAAACUGAAACUAACUUUCAAAAUACUAGUACUCCAAAAGAAAAUGAGAACAUUAAAAUGAAAUGAUGUGAGGGCUAGUUGUAUCUUUUUGCUCUGGAGUGCCAGCAAAGUAAAAACUUUGUUUGUGUGACUGUUAUAUGCCAGUGCACAUUUUUAUUUAUUUUGAAUUUUAUACAUCUGUGGCUGUGGUUGAUACACACAACAUAAAUGGUCAUAAUCAGAGGAACACGUGAAAAUUGAGUGCCAGUGCUGAAGUAGCUAUACAGCUUUAUCCAGGCCAAUAUCAAAUGUAUUCCAGAUGAAUUACAGAUUCAAUGCACACAUUUACACUUUAUGCCGAUAUUGUUCCUAGAUUUCUUUUUUGUUGCUUAUAGUUUCUGUGUAGAGUAGCAUUAUUGAUUGUUUGCACAGAUCCCAAUCACAGAUGGAGAAAUGGUCAUACUCAUUGCAUUUUAAUAUUUAUAACAAAGUUUGGACUGUUGCUGGCUUUACUCCAGUGAGUUUGGUGCUGUUUAUACAUGUGUGAUUUUUUUUCUUCUUCUUUCAGAUUUGUAUAUAACUUUCUCUACAUGCUAUUAAGAUAUUUUAUAAUAUUCAUUGGGAAGUGAAAGCAAAGUUUAUAAGCAGGAACGUUUAAUUUGCAUAACACAACUAGUUCUAAGUUUUGAGUUAGAACAUUUUGUACCAGAAUUUCUACUAUUACAUCUGACACAAAAUAUUAAGUAAAUGCUGGUGUUAUAGUUAAAAUGUUUCUCCGAAAGGCAGAAUUUCAUGUUCUCAAAUCAGUUUGUGUUUCACUCUUUCAUUCACAUAUAUUUUAGGCACCAAACACCAUCAGAUUACUACAUAUAUUUGUGGUAUGUAAAUUGUGUCAUCUGUAUAACAGCACUAAAAUAAUUCACUAUAUUGUGCUUCAAAUGAAAGAUACUUAUAGAUAAGAUUUUUUUUUCUGAAAGAAGAUAAACAGAAAUUUUUUUGUCAUGUUCAGUUCCAUUUUCAUAAAAUAGUUAAUGACGUCAGUCUUAAUAACUGUCUAUUUUUCCCAGAUGUAUUACUAGCUGUGGCUAUGACACGUUCACCUCGUGCAUGUACUUUGGGUAUUUCAGUGAUUGUCUGUAGGCUUUGUUGUACAGAAUGUUAAAUCCUCCGAAAAUGACGCACACAUGCUAUUAACAGUGAAACGCCACUUUCAUGUUCUCUCUGUUUCAUCCAUUAGUGUUCCAUAUAAAUAUAUAUCAAUGUCAAUGUGAUGAAAUCCUUAAGGAAUAUUACUACAAAAAUGUAAGCCAUAUCAGAACACCUGAUGGUGCAGAUAGGGAAGAUACGUUGUCACCACUGUAAGUUUCAGCAGCUUUUUGAGUUGUAUGAUCCAAUGAAGCACUGAUUAUUGUAUUCUACGAGAAAUGACAGUGUUAAGUACCUGCAUGUAUCAUUUUAUCUGUUUGUCAGUUAUUAUUUAAUUAUGUUGAGAAUGUUAUAACUUUUAUACGAAGUUCUACCUUAUCACAAUGAUUUUCAGAUAUUUUGAGGCAUCCUUCUGUCUUUUUUGUUUCCACGUGAAUAUUGCAUUUCCAUUAUUUGCAUUUGUGAUCAUAGCCAAUUAUAUAUGAAAAUGUUUUUAUUUUCAUAGCUUAUAACAGAUUCAUAUGAUAAAAAUGUUGUAUGUAUUUGUCCAAUUAUAUGUGUUUAGCUCCUUUAGCUAAUCAUCUCAGUCGGGCCCUUUCUGGUGGUCCAGUAUUUACUGUACAAAAUAAAUCCUAGUAAUUAUGUGUC